AUGGACUCCUCCUACGACUCCUCCUCCUACGAAAAGGCCUGUAUCCCUCUUCUCAAGGGUACUGAGGACUAUUUCUCAUGGUCAAGAGUCAUGAAAGCACGCCUAGAUAGGCUAAAGGCGUGGAGUCCUAUUGUUUCAGAUCCUCCUGUUAAUCGUGGCCGCACAAAAGCCCCUAUAACUCUUGCUCGAUUUCGAGAAUACUCCACUCCAAAUACCCUAUGGGAAGCCCUUGAGCAGGCGUACGUAGCUCCUCUUAUAACAGAGCAACUCCGAGCGCUCCAGAAUCUCCUAAGCCUUCGACGCUCGCAGUAUCCUGAUAUUCGUCAGUAUACUACUGCCUACAAGACUUCGAAGUUCCUUGAGAAAUACAAGAAUGGAACACAACUUGCCGACCCUGAGGAGCUUUAUACCACCCUCUACAGGCUUAGAGAAGAUCCCAAGAAGGAUACUAAGAAGCCCGCACUAACAGCGAACAUUAUGACAGGCAAGAGGAAGCGAAAUGACACUCCUUAA